AUGACGUGCAAGACCGAAGAUUACGAUGCGAUAUCCUUCGGGAAUCCCUUCGAUUUUCGGGCCGCAAUAACAAGUCUCUACGCUCGCAAUCUUUCUGAAGAAGCCGGCUUCAUCACUGUUUGCUUCGACGCUUCGCACCAAGGCGAAAGCGGGGGCGAGCCACGCUUUCUCGAAGACCCAUCGCAGCGGGUUACCGAUGUCUUCAGCGUCAUCGAUUACCUUUCACAGCUCGACACUGUCGACCCAGACCGCAUCGGCAUCCUGGGCAUCUGCGCUGGCGGUGGUUACGCUGUUGCAGCGGCCAAGGCGGAUCAUCGCCUUAGAGCGGUUGCGACGGUUAGUAUGGUUAAUAUUGGCGAUAUGUACCGAUUAGGAUGGUAUGGCGACGAAGAUGCCUCGAAGCAUAUCGACACUCUGAAAAUGGUCGCGAAGCAGAUCUGA